UAGAAAAAGAAAGGGAGAGUGCUUGCUUCUUUCUCACCUUUCUUCCAUCCCUUUUCUUUUCUUGCAGCCUCUGUUGAGCAUCUUUUCCCACUAAAAUGCUCUUUUUUUAACAAUCUCAUUCUUCACCUUCUUGUUGAAAAAUGUUCUUGGUUCUCUUUCUUUGUUGAUUCCAACUCUCUCCUACUUCUUUCCAUUCUUCAGCUGAGCUCUGUUAAUUCUGUCCUUCUUUCUGGGUUCCCAUAUAGCAUUUUCUGUUUGAUCAGAAAGUUUAAUUGCUUUCUCUUCAAUACAGUUGCGGUUCUUUUUCUUUGCUCUGGUUUUUUCUUGGAAAUUGAAGUUCUUGGGAAAAUUCUUUGCUGAUCCUUCUGAGUUCUGUCGGACAAGCUGAAAGAAUCCCAUAUUUCUGGGGUUUUAAUUCCAGAAUUUAGAAUUCUCUUUCAUUUUUCCUUCUUGUUUGCCAGUGGUUUCUGGGAUUUCUCUUUUCUGAUUUGAGUACUAAGCGUUCUUCAAUUCUCUUUCUUGAGCUCCUUAUUCCCUGAAAUUAGUUUCCCACUUUUUCUUCUUCUUCUUCUAAUGGUUUAGCUUACGUUCUCGUUACUCUUGAUCACAACUUCUCAAAACUUCUCAGCUUCCUUUUUUUCUUGUUUUUUUUGAAUAGUGAAACAUUCUCACAAUUGGGUUCCAGAUUCCAUGGGAAUUUGUCAUGGAAAACCCAUUAAACCCCCACAAAACCUAUCUGACAACCCAAUAAUUCUUAAUGACAAUGAGCCAACAUGGAAUUCUCAAACAAGGAAACCAACAAACUUUCCCUUCUACAGCCCAAGUCCUCUUCCUAGUGCAUUCAAGAACUCACCUGCCAAUUCUAGCGCGACUUCAACCCCUCUUCGCCUCUUCAAGCGCCCAUUUCCUCCACCAUCACCAGCAAAGCAUAUCCGGGCAUUGCUUGCUCGGAGACAUGGUUCAGUUAAGCCCAAUGAGGCUUCAAUUCCUGAGGGAAGUGAAUGUGAUGGGGAGUUGGAUAAGAAUUUUGGUUACUCAAAGAAUUUCACUAGCCAUUAUGAGCUUGGAGAAGAGGUGGGGCGUGGGCAUUUUGGGUAUACUUGUUCGGCAACUGCAAAAAAAGGAAGCUUGAAGGGGCAGGAUGUGGCGGUUAAAGUUAUCCCAAAAUCAAAGAUGACUACGGCAAUAGCCAUUGAGGAUGUAAGGAGAGAAGUGAAAAUAUUACGGGCUCUCACUGGGCAUAAGAAUCUAGUGCAAUUCUAUGAUGUUUAUGAAGAUGACGACAAUGUUCAUAUAGUAAUGGAGUUGUGCAAAGGAGGAGAAUUGUUGGAUAGAAUACUUUCAAGGGGUGGAAAAUAUUCUGAAGAAGAUGCCAAAGCUGUCAUGGUUCAAAUUUUAAGUGUGGUUGCUUACUGCCAUCUCCAAGGUGUGGUUCACCGUGACCUGAAACCUGAGAAUUUUCUUUUCACUUCUAAAGAUGAGCAUUCUCCAUUAAAGGCCAUUGAUUUCGGACUCUCUGACUAUGUGAAGCCAGAUGAAAGGCUGAAUGAUAUCGUAGGGAGUGCAUACUAUGUAGCUCCUGAAGUUUUGCAUAGAUCAUAUGGAACAGAAGCUGACAUGUGGAGUAUAGGUGUCAUUGCUUAUAUUCUUCUUUGUGGAAGCCGGCCCUUUUGGGCUCGGACAGAAUCUGGAAUCUUCCGAGCAGUUCUUAAAGCAGAUCCUAGUUUUGAUGAAGCCCCGUGGCCUUCGUUGUCAAGUCAUGCGGUAGACUUUGUAAAGGGUCUGGUGAACAAAGAUUACCGUAAAAGAUUAACAGCUGCCCAGGCUCUUAAUCAUCCAUGGCUGGCCAAUUAUCAUGAUGUCAAGGUACCUUUGGAUAUGAUAACAUACAAACUUGUAAAAGCUUAUAUAUGUUCAUCUUCUCUGAGGAAAGCAGCUCUUGGGGCUCUCGCAAAGACGUUAACAAUACCUCAGCUGGCUUAUUUUCGGGGACAAUUUGCAUUGUUGGGCCCAAACAAAAGUGGAUUCAUAUUGCUACAGAAUUUUAAAAUGGCUGCAGCAAAGAACUCUACGGAUGCCAUGAAGGAUUCACGGGUUCAAGAUUACAUCAACAUGGUAACAUUCUAUUUUCUUAAUCGUACAUUUCUCCUCCUUCCUCCGAUUAUUUAUCGGUUUAAAAUAAAUGAGCUGAGCCUUGUCAAUCGAUUUUACUGCAUAUUGAUGUGUCUUGCAGUUAAGUUGUCUUCAAUAUAGAAAAUUGGAUUUCGAAGAAUUUUGUGCUUCAGCAAUCAGCGUGCAUCAUCUAGAAGGAAUGGAGAGUUGGGAGCAACAUGCACGCCGGGCCUAUGAGUUUUUCGAGAAGGAUGGAAACAGACCUAUUAUGAUAGAGGAACUUGCCUCAGAACUUGGGCUUAGCACUUCAGUACCAAUUCAUGUAGUCCUCCAGGACUGGAUAAGACACUCUGAUGGAAAGCUCAGUUUCCAUGGGUUUGUCAGACUUUUACACGGGAUCACUUCUCGUGCAACUCAGAAGGCUUGAUAUGAAAUCCAGCUACACAAGGUUUAUCUUUAUUAUCUUUGAAACAUUGCUUGAACUAAGUUGUCUGGAGGGAACAAAAAGUCAGCAAUCCGAGGGAAAUCCUGAGAAGGAAACAAGCAGUGGUUACGUCUUAGGUGCACAGGGUGUGGCUUUAGGUUCAAGCUUUAGCUGAUGCAGGAUGAGUGCCAGUGCAAGCCAUUGGCAACAAAGCCACACCAGUAAAUGCCUUAUUUGAACUUCUUUUCUCUUAUAUUUUUUUUGUUUUUGUUCCUAUGAAAUUUAGAGGAUUGUACAGAUGAGUCCAGUUCACAAAAUGUAUGUAGGGUUAGAAAAAGUUGUAAACCCAAAGUGACAUCUCUGGUUUUGGGUUGGGUGUAUCCCUUGUGUAGCUUGAUUACUUAGUUCCUCAAUAAAUUGGUACUAUGAUCUACAAGGAGGGUCUCUAGUAACUGAAAAUAUGGUUUCUGAUUGCAUUUUGGCAUCAGGGCAUAUUGAUUUAUGAUUUGAUUGCAAUUAUUAUUGUUGUAAUU